AUGCCGUUUUCGAACGUGGAAACUUCCGGCUACGUCGGAUUUGCCAACCUUCCGAAUCAGGUGCACCGAAAGUCGGUAAAGAAAGGAUUCGAGUUUACGCUGAUGGUCGUCGGAGAGUCAGGCCUCGGUAAAUCCACCCUGGUGAACAGCUUGUUUCUGAGCGAUUUAUACCCGGAACGGGUGAUUCCCAAUGCGGUUGAAAAGCAAAACAUGACGGUCAAGCUGGACGCAUCCACGGUGGAGAUCGAGGAGCGGGGCGUCAAGCUGCGCCUGACCGUCGUUGAUACGCCCGGGUUCGGCGAUGCCAUCGAUAACAGCGAUAGCUUCAGUGCGAUCCUCGAGUAUAUCGACGAACAGUACGAACGGUUUCUACGCGACGAAAGUGGUCUGAAUCGGCGCAACAUCGUCGACAACAGGAUACACUGCUGCUUCUACUUCAUCUCACCGUUUGGUCAUGGGCUCAAACCGCUGGAUAUUGAGUUCAUGAAGAAGCUGCACUGCAAGGUGAACAUCGUGCCAGUUAUCGCGAAGGCCGAUGUGCUCACGAAGAAGGAAAUCCAGCGCCUCAAGUGCCGUAUUAUGCAGGAGAUCGAAGACAAUGGGAUCAAAAUCUAUCCACUGCCAGAUUGUGAUAGCGACGAGGACGAGGACUACAAGGAGCAGGUGCGCCAGCUGAAGGAAGCGGUUCCGUUUGCCGUUUGUGGUUCGACCACGCUGCUCGAGGUGAAAGGGCGGAAGGUUCGCGGCCGCUUAUACCCUUGGGGAGUGGUCGAAGUGGAAAAUCCCGAUCAUUGCGAUUUCAUUAAGCUUCGCACUAUGCUCAUUACUCACAUGCAGGACCUUCAGGAGGUGACACAGGAGGUGCAUUAUGAAAAUUACCGGUCGGAGCGGUUAGCGAAAUCGGUGCGUAAAAACACCAACUCCGUGAUAAAGGAAGAGAACGGCGUCCCGGGUGAGGUGCUCUCCGAGAAGGAUCGCAUUUUGCGCGAAAAGGAAGAGGAAAUUCGCCGGAUGCAGGAGAAGCUCGCCCAAAUGCAGGCCAAAAUUCAGGCGCAGAAGUAGACCCGAGUGUCGUCCGUGGCCUGAAGUUUCUGGGAGUUUCGGAGGUCGAUCGGUCGCACAACGCCCAACCGAGAGAUUGGUGCGUCAGUCUCUUGCACACGAACCCAGACGAACUACCUUGUCGCGAUUGUUAUGAAAUUACUGUUACGAACAAGCGCAGCCAUUCCCGUAUGAUCCAUAUCAAAAAUGCCCAUCAUCCAGCCUCAGCACGGACGUCCGUCGUCGGACUCGGAACGGUUUUCCAUAUUUCGUGUGCCAUCUUCCGCCGCAAACGCAUCCUGCGCCACCUUUUGUUAACACAAGCGCCUUGCGCAAAAUCCUCGAGAAUCUCUAUUUCUUACCGCGACGGCGCUGGGAACGCCUGGUACAUAGAAGCAGUAACGAAUUCAUUUAAGCCUAUCAGUAUCAUUACAUUGUCGCCCAUCAUUACCAAUGCGCCGUAUAAAUCCGAUGCAAUGCUUGGGUUUUUCCAUUUUUGUACGAGAUAUUCGCAUAUUAUUAGAUUAGCACUAAGAUCAUACUUUACCAUUAGUGAUUGCUGGUGACGGCCGUACAUGUUGCAGGCCGUAUUCGCCACGUAAAUCACACAUCGACCGGGUUGUGUAUUGGCGUACUUUUUUCGACGUUGAACAACGAACGGGUACUUAAAGGACAUUCUCUGCAAAAAAAGCUCUCUUUCUACGUGUCGAAAUUUGAGUUUGCUGCGCUAAAUAGAAGGCAUAUCGCGUACGUUCUUCCGCUUGUUGAGCGUCCUUCGUCUUCGAUGGGCAGGCAUACGGAACAGUAUCCAAAGAUAAUCGUGCAAAAGCUACUGAAACAGGGGCUAUUUUCUUCCCGGUUGUACGAUAUUCAGCUGCAAUAACCGCAAUAGACUAUGGACGAUUUCUGUACUCUCUUUUCCUGAUAUUUGCAUUAGUUCUAACGACGAUGAAAUAUAGAAAUAUAUAUAUGUCUCGAUAUUUUAGGGUAUUACUAUAUUUUUUACAUUUCGGUUUAAACUUUUCGGACAAGACCAUAUUUGAAUAAAUUGUAUUCUACGGAAUCUGCAAACCAAUUGCCUUCUGGUUGUGUCGUCAUGUGUCCUAAGGAAAGAAAUUUGCCCCUGGCGGAUGCCUUUUUAUAAGUUUUGUGAU